AUACACUUCUGGCAACUCCAGCUCAUUUGCAAACUAAUUGAUUUAUAGAAAUUCCUGUGAGCUCCUUAAUUUCACUUAUUGCCAUGGCUAUCAUUUAAUCGAUCUUCAUACAGGGUUGAUAUUGCGGUGUGGGAAUUGCCCCGGCUUUAACAGUUUAACACCAAUAGAAUUGUCGCAAACAAGUGUUACAGUAUUUUCAUAGAAAAAGAAAUGAGAGAAAAAUGCUACCAGCAAUUUAUUUUCAUGUUAGAUUGCUGAGAGAAAUCUUCUUAAUUGCAUGCAAGGACACUGCCUUUCCUAAAUGGAUAAUGCUGUUUGACUAAAAACCAGAUGUGCUUAAUUGGUGAUUUUCAGGGCGCGUGGACAUCGGAAAGGACUUAAGAAACGAUUGAAUGGUGUCUAAAUAACUCUGAUGAACAAUUAAAGAGGACUUUAUUUCAGGAAAAGCUUUAAAAUAGAAAUGUUACAGACAGUUUUCGGCAUCGUUAUUUAAAACAGCAUUUAACUUAUUUAUAAGAAGAUAAAGGAUUAAUACUACAUUUGUACUUAUUUUCAACUUUAAGAAAACAACAGUUAUAAAAAGAGUGAUUUCAAGUGAUUUCUAUUAAUACUAGCGAUGGAAGGACUUAUCCCAUACAGCCGGGGAUUCUUUUAUCCCCUGCCAUUGUCACUGACCAGUGUUCAGCUUAACACCUGGCAUCAUCACGUGUACGACAAACCCGCGAAGACCCCUACACCGUUUUUCAUCUCUAACAUUUUAAAUCUUGAUCCAGAGAGAAAAAUGAAAUCGGACUCUUCGGACUCAAGUGACAGAUCCAUUGCUAGUGUUCAGGACAGAGCUUAUAUGUUUGCCAACUCUGGAUUUAGUGGUCGUAUGUUUAGUGCUCAAACUCGCUACCCUAAUGUAGUGGUUCGUGCCGGAAGUCCGGUGCGACUCGGUGAAGAUCAUGAUGGAACCAGGGUUCGAACUCAGUCACCGUGUAAUUUUCCAAGGGACGGCGUAGAAUCUCCUCAGGAAGAGCCAGACAGGGGUAUCAGAUCAGCAGAAAAAAGACAAAUAUCAUCUGAUGACGACACUAGUGACGUCAAUUCAUCUCAAAAGAAGAAAAAAGCGCGAACGACUUUUACCGGAAGACAAAUCUUUGAGCUCGAGAAACAGUUUGAGCAAAAGAAAUAUUUGUCGUCUGCGGAGAGAGCGGAAAUGGCGUCACUGUUAAACGUCACUGAAACACAGGUAAAGAUUUGGUUUCAAAAUAGACGCACAAAAUGGAAGAAACAUGAAAACAUAACAGCAACAGAAAUCCCUGAGCAUAAACUUCAGGCUGCUAAAAAUCCUGAUGUUGCGAAGGCAAUACAGAAUGCCGCUAAACUAAGGAAAGCCAAAGAAAGACUAGAACUUUCCAAUUCAAAUACAAACAAGAAAGACUCCUUAAAUCAGCCUUUAGAUUUUUCAAUGGAAAGCCUAGGCAAAACAAAGAAUACACAUGACGAUUUUACGGAACGUAUUCGUGAGCAAGAAAAUUAUGAACGAGAAGACGGGAGCAUAAAAUCUGAAGAAAAUGAAGAGGCAGAAAAAGACGACGGAGCGGAAGACGAAUGUAUUGAAAAUGAUAUUGUUAAUGACGAAAGCAAUCACGUGACUGGUGCCAGUGACAGAAUUUCAGAUAUUCAAAUAGAGGACACAGGAAGACCAACUUCACAAUCUUAUGAAAAUAUCGAAGACAUUAACAAUGAUAAAAAUGAUGACGAUAUUAGUGAAACAAACAAUGACUCCGUAAAACUGACUGAUUAUAAAGAACAAUACCCAGACUCUACGGUCAUCUCGUGACAUUUAGUUGUUAACUUAUUAUCUGUUGUCCUUUUGAGAUGUUAAUUUAUUCUAUAGACUCCGUACCAAGUAAGUAAGUUUGAAUUAAUCGGAAACGAAACGUGACAUUCGUAAAUAGAGCUAGUUCUCAUAUUAUACACGAUUUAAAAAUGAGUAGCACAAUCGUACAAACAAACAAAAAUGACAGUUUGUAAGGAAUAAAACUGGAAUAAUUGUUUUAAUGAUUUAUCAAACUGUACAGACCCGGAGGUACUAUCAUUUUGCGCAUGUGCAGCAGCAUUAAACGAGGCCAAUGCAUUAAAUGAAGGCAUAAAUCUCAUCAAGAUGAUGCAUUUAGUCAAAAUGAUUUAUUUUAUUUAUAUGUUGUACCAACAAUUUUUAGGAUGCAAGUCAUAUUUUAUUCAAAAGUGCAUGGACUCGUAUAACAAUGCGGCACUAUUUUGAAAAAAUAAAGGAAAUAAUUGUGUUGUGUGGUUUAAUAUGUGUUUCUCAACUCGCAUAAGUGUGAAUAUCUUAAUGCAGGGCUAUUUAUGACGUUGUUUACAGUAAUGUUCUUGUUGUUUAUAGCUUAUGUUUUUACUGAAACAAUCAGGAAAUAUGAUUAGGCGAUCUUGAUUUUAUUUUGCUUUAUGUUUACAUUUUAUUAUAUUAUAUUACACAAAAUUGGUAAUCAUCAAAAAUGAUAGUUUGCAUAUGAACAAAAAUAAAUCUAUAUUAACAGCUUAACUAACGACAAUAAUUAAACAAAACAAUAAUUAUUAAAUAUUGUUAUUUUGGGGUUUCUUUUGUAAAUAAAAAUCGUGAUUUUAAAUUCCUCUUUAAAGCAAUAUCUUAAAAAGAAAUAAUAUUUUAUCGUUGUGUUUUUUUGUUGUUUUUUUUUGUCAAUUUUAUUGAUAGUUUUUUUAAUCCGAAAAAUCCGAGCAUAUCUAUCAAAUACGGAAAUGUUUUGAAAUCUAGAUUUUGAUCCUGGUCGUGUUGCUGGCCCUGUGAGCAUAUAGGGCAUGUUGUUUAAUAUGUGUGGUUACAACAUGAUUACUUUGAGGUAGUAUAAUGUAUUAUUAAUAUUACAGUGUGUAUAGCUGAUCUUAAUAUUUGUUUUUGACUAUUUGUUUCUGUACUCUGUUGAUAAAUUAAUUUAUUAUAGUAAAACUUGAUAUA